AGCGUCGUCGUCGGCGUCGUCGUCGUCGUCAGCAAAGCAAGAGUCAAAGACUAGAACCGAAGCUUUGCGUUUCUGUCUCUAUUUCUAUUUCUCCCUCCUCUAUAUUCUUCUUUGUCUUUGUUUUUAUCUUCUCUGCGAUUCAUUAGCUGCAUCUCUCGAAGGCCAGGGAACUUUUCCUUUCCUCAUGCUUGGUAUCAAUCACGGAAGAUCUGCAUCUACCCCAGUGACAUUUAAACAAGGGACUUCAUUUCAUUUCAAUCCCUGGAGCUUAUUUUCUUUUGUUGCUUCUGUUGGGGGGGGGGGGGGGGUUGGCUCAGAACUUUAAAAGUCGGAUAUAUUUUUGGAGCAUUUUGCAAUCGAGCGCAGCUUGAAUAGCUUCUAAUAGUGGUUGGGAUGCUUGAGGCAGUAUGCCGGUGAUUGUGAGGAGAAAUGCAAAGGUAUUCUGCUACCAGCUGUGGUGGUGGAGUUAGUAACAGUGCAGUUGGUGGGACAUCUGCGAGGGAUACGGCCAGAGCUGAUUCACCAUUCCCAUCAUCUAACCUCUCUCUGAAUACAAGGCGGCCAUUACCAAUAAUUCCAUACAAGCUGAAGUGCGACAAAGAACCUCUAAACUGCAGAAUCGGACCACCUGAUUUUUGCCCUCCAGCUCCUAACUGUCCCGAGGAGACAUUAACCAGGGAGAACAUACAAUCUGGAUACAAGGAGACCAUUGAUGGACUUGAGGAAGCUAGGGAGAUAUUAUUAUCUCAACUUGGAAGUUUUACAAAGCCUGUUGUUCUAAAAUGCAAAGAGGCAAUCCGAAAACGCCUUAGAGCUAUCAAUGAGUCUCGUGCUCAAAAGCGUAAGGCUGGCCAAGUUUAUGGAGUGCCUCUUUCUGGAAAUUUGUUACUCAAACCUGGUGUAUUUCCUGAACAAACACCUUGUGGUGAUGAUUUCAGAAAGAAAUGGAUUGAGAGUCUAUCGCAGCACCAUAAACGAUUGUGUGCUCUGGCUGAUCAUGUCCCUCAUGGUUAUAGGAGAAGAGCUCUUUUUGAAGUUCUCAUUAAGCAUAAUGUUCCAUUUUUGAGAGCAACUUGGUUUAUAAAAGUAACUUAUCUCAAUCAGGGUCGGCCUACCUCUGCAAAUAUUUCUUCUGGGCCAUCAGAUAAACCACAAUCAGGCCGAACUCAGCAGUGGACAAAGGAUGUUAUCGAUUACCUGCAGAUCCUACUGGAAGAAUUUUUGUCAAAGGAUGGUUCUCUAUCUACUCCUCACCGAAGGGAUCAAUCAUCACAGAUGCUUUUGGCUAGUUUUGUUCAGAAAGGCAAUUCAGCUCCGGCCAUUCCUGAUGGGGAUGAGGAGCCUUCACUACAUUUUAAAUGGUGGUAUAUGGUGCAUAUCCUACAGUGGAAUCAUGCAGAAGGGUUGCUUCUUCCUACGUAUGUCAUUGAUUGGGUUCUCAGUCAACUACAGGAAAAGGGAUCACUUGAAACUUUAGAGCUAUUAUUGCCUAUAAUAUUUGGUAUGAUAGAAACCAUUAUUCUAUCACAGAUGUAUGUGCGCAAUCUUGUGGAAGUAGCUGUUCAUUGCAUACAGGAAUCCACUCCUGGUGGUUCUGAUGUAGUGGAUCAUUCUCGAAGGGCCUAUACUGUUUCUGCCGUGGUUGAGAUGCUUCGGUAUUUGAUAGUAGCUGUACCUGAUACUUUUAUUGCCUUGGAUUGCUUUCCUUUGCCACCCUCCGUUCUAUCAGUUGCAGGAAAUAUAACAAAGGUACAUCAGGAUGCAGGGGAAAAUCAAUAUCAUCAAAAUGAAAUGGCUACCAUGUUCAGUGACAAAAGGAAGGAGGCUUAUCACUGGCUCUUGUCCUUUGACCAUGUUGUUUCAUCCAUACAGAAACGUGCUGAUACUCUUGCAAAGGCUGUGAGCCCUGGACUUCAAGGUCAUUGCUUGUCUACCGCUGUGCAGGCUUUAGAUAAAGCUCUGUUACUGGGGGAUCUGAAAGCGGCUUACAGUUUUCUCUUUGAAGAUCUUUGUGAUGGAGGUGUUCAAGAAGUUUGGAUUUCAGAGGUCAGCCCAUGCCUAUGGUCAUCCUUGAAGUGGAUUGGGACUGUCAGCCUAUCAUUUGUUUGUGCUGUAUUUUUCCUUUGUGAGUGGGCAACGUGCGAUUUUAGAGAUUGUCGGACUUCCCUGCCUCGAGAUGUGAAAUUUACCGGUAGAAAAGAUUUUUCACAAGUGUAUUGUGCAGUAAUGCUUUUGAAGCUGAAGAUGGAAGAUAUGCGGAGCUCAGUACAGAGAAAAAAUGGUAGUCCUUUGGGAGAGAAUAGCUAUUUUAAAACUGCCAGUCACCAUGAAAGUUCUUUAGGUGGUACAGUUGCGGAAAAUAUUUCUGUACCUAGAAAGAAAUCAAAGAGUUCAGAUGGAAGUAUAGGUACAUCAGGUAUUUUUCAAAGUCCAGGCCCUUUACAUGAUAUUGUGGUUUGUUGGAUAGAUCAACAUGAUGCGGGCAAAGGUGAAGGUUUCAAUCGCCUUCAAUUACUUAUCAUGGAGCUCAUACGUUCUGGCAUCUUUUAUCCUCAGGCCUAUGUUAGGCAGUUGAUAGUUAGUGGAAUUAUGGACAGGAAUGAAACUCCAGUUGAUCUGGAAAGAAGGAAGAGACAUCAUCGGUUAUUGAAACAUUUCCCAGGUCCCUACAUGCUUGAUGCUUUGGAAGAAGCACGAAUUGCUGAAGUUCCAUUACUAGUGGAGGUGCUGCAUGUUUACUCAAAUGAACGUCGCUUGCUACUUCAUGGACUUCUUAGUGGUCAUUUUAAACCCCCUACAAACAGAAACGAUGCAAAUCUUGUCUCCCAGAAAGAAAUGGAUAUUGCUACUUCAGGAAAGGAUAGCCCUUCCCCCAUUUCACUUGAACACCGGAGGAACCUUAAGUCAGCAUCCAGUCCUUUGUCUGUUCAGAAUGCCAAGACCAAUGCUAAAGUUACAGAACUAAAGAGUGCCAUUUCCAAAUUGCUGCAUUUUCCAAACUCUUGUCCUGCACCUUCUGAUACCCGAUCUGAUGAAUCUCAAGGGAGUCUCAAGAGAUCCAUUGGGUCAAUUGGCAGCAAGUUUGAUGCAACAGAAGGAACAACUGGCUGUGAAGAAUGUAGGAGAGCAAAAAGACAAAAGUCAAGGGAAGAACGGAGCCCUUAUGCUCAAGGGUUUUCACUAAACCCAUCAGAUGAUGAAGAUACCUGGUGGAUGAGGAAGGGACUUAAAUCUGUAGAGCUCAAGGUUGAACCACCUCUUAAAUCGACUAAACAUGCUUCCAGAGGACGUCAAAAAAUUGUUCGUAAAACACAAAGUCUUUCCCAGUUAGCAGCUGCUGCCAGGAUUGAGGGCAGUCAGGGAGCAUCAACAAGCCACAUAUGUGAUAAUAGAAUAAGCUGUCCUCACCAUAGAACUGGUACAAUUGGAGAAGUUCCUAAAUCAGUGGAUGGGAUCAAAACUGGUCAUCUAGGUGAUAUUUUUUCAAUUGGAAAGGCUUUGAAGCAGCAGAGGUUGGUUGAGAAGAGGGCUAUCUCUGUCUGGUUAAUUACUUUAGUCAGGCAGCUUGUUGAAGGGUCUGAAAAGACUCCAGCAAAGAUUGGCCAAGGUUCUGGAGCUUUCCCACCUAUUGAUGACAGAAAUUCUGUACGAUGGAAGCUUGGUGAAGAUGAGUUAUCAUCUGUACUGUAUUUGAUGGAUGUUUCUUCUGAUUUAGUUUCAGCCAUCAAGUUUCUGCUGUGGUUGUUACAAAAAGCUCUUGCCAGUCCAAAUUCUACAAUUCAUGGUGGGAGAAGCAUUCUGAUGCUGCCUAAGAACACGGAGAGUCAUGGAUGUGAAGUUGGGGAGGGAUUUCUAUUGUCAUGUAUCCAGAGGUAUGAGAACAUACUUGUAUCAACCGAUCUUAUUCCUGAAUCACUCUCUGCUGCAAUGCAUCGAUCUAUGGCUGUCAUGGCCUCCAAUGGAAGACCAUCUUGUUCCGCAGCCUUCAUUUAUGCUAGAAAUUUGUUGAAGAAAUAUGGAAAUGUGGGAAGUGUGAUGAAAUGGGAAAAGAAUUUCAAGGUAACAUGUGAUAAAAAGCUUCUUGCUGAACUUGAAUCUACACGAUCAGUUGAUGGUGAAUUUAGAAUUUCUCUUGGAGUUCCAGCAGGUGUAGAAGAUCUUGAUGAUUUCUUCCGUCAAAAGAUUAGUGUGAGGUUAUCCCGAUUGGGCCCUAGCAUGAAAGAGGUAGUGCAAAGACAUAUUGAGGAAGCUGUGCAUUAUUUCUAUGGCAAGGAAAGGAAAUUAUAUGCAGUGGGUACUCCAAAAAGUCCUAACAUGGAGAAAUUGGAUGAUGGAUAUCAAGUAGCUCAACAGAUUGUUCUGGGACUAAUGGACUGCAUUAAGCAGAAUGGUGUUUCGGCUGAAGAGGGGGAUCCAUCUGCUGUGGCUUCUGCCAUUUCUGCUAUUGUUGGUAAUGUUGGCCCAGCUUUAGCAAAAUUGCCAGAUUUCACGCCAGGCAGUAAUUAUCAGAACAUCCCCUCGACAAUAAGCUCACUGAAUUAUGCUCGACGUCUCACACAAAUUCACAUUACCUCCCUCUGCUUACUUAAGGAAGCUCUUGGAGAGCGUCAGAGCCGUCUAUUUGAGAUAGCUUUCGCAACAGAAGUUUCUUCUGCUAUUGCAGGAGCCUUUGCACCUGGAAAGGCUCCUCGCAGUCAGUUUCAGGUGUCCCCUGAAGCCCAAGAGUCCAAUAUGAACCUGCCAAUUGAAAUGUUGAACAAUUCUGCAAAAUUGCUUCUUGGGAGGGCAGGAAAGAUUGUGGCUGCUGUAUCAGCACUUGUUGGUGGGGUAAUUGUUCGUGGAAUUACUAGCCUAGAAAGAAUGGUAUCUGUGUUAAGAUUAAAAGAAGGUUUGGAUAUUCUUCAGUUUAUAAGGAGUGCAAGAUCUAGUUCAAAUGGGAUUUCUCGAUAUAAAGUAGACAAUUCCAUUGAAGUCUACGUGCACUGGUUUAGGUUGCUUAUUGGGAAUUGCAGGACGGUUUGUGAUGGACUAGUUGUGGAGCUCCUUGGUGAACCAUAUAUCUUAGCUCUUUCAAGGAUGCAGCGAAUGCUACCUCUUAGCUUGGUCUUCCCUCCUGCCUAUUCAAUCUUUGCAUUGGUGAUUUGGAGGACGUACAUUCUCAACAAUAAUAUCUUAAUUCGUGAAGAUGUUCAAUUUUACCAAUCACUAGCUUUGGCAAUUGCUGACGCAAUCAAGCACCAGCCUUUCCGGGAUGUAUGUCUACGAGAUACUCGUGCUCUCUAUGAUCUCCUAGCUUCUGAUGUUGGUGAUACUGAGUUUGCUGCAAUGCUUGAAAUGCAUGGUCCUGACAAGCACUUGAAAACCAAGGCAUUUGUUCCCCUUCGUGCGAGGCUUUUCCUAAAUGCAGUCCUUGAUUGUAAAAUGCCACAGUCUGCACCUCCACAGGAUGAGGGAACUUGGGGCAGAGAGUCAAAAGUGCAGCAUGCAGAACAUGAGAUGAAGCUUCAGGACCAGCUUGUACACAUUUUGGAUAGCCUUCAGCCAGCAAAAUUUCAUUGGCAGUGGGUUGAACUUCGGCUUCUUCUGAAUGAACAGGCACUCAUUGAAAAAAUUGAGACCCAUAAUAUGUCCCUAGUGGAGGCUAUUCGGUCUCUUUCUCCUAAUGCUGACAAUUUUUCUCUUUCUGACAAUGAGAGCAAUUUCACCGAGAUUGUCCUCACAAGAUUACUGGUCAGACCUGAUGCCGCUCCUCUUUAUUCAGAAGUAGUUCAUCUACUUGGGAGAUCCUUAGAGGAGUCUCUGUUGAUGCAUGCUAAAUGGUUCUUAGCAGGACAUGGUGUUCUUUUUGGACGUAAGUCCAUCCGACAGCGACUUCUUAGUGUUGCUCAGCUUAGAGGUCUUUCAACUAAGGUCAAAUUUUGGAAGCCUUGGGGCUGGUCAAACUUUACUGCUGAUCUAUCAGCAGGCAGAGGAGAAAAGAGAAAGUAUGAAGCAAGCUCUCUUGAAGAAGGGGAGGUUGUAGAAGAUGGCAUGGACAUUAAAAGGUUGGGAAGAGUGGCCUCACUGUCAUUUAAUGCUGAAGGCUUAAAUUCCAGUCAACAGUUUGUAACUGAGAGAGCUCUUGUUGAUCUAGUUCUUCCUUGCAUAGAUAGGAGCUCUAAUGACUCACGCAAUGCAUUUGCAAAUGAUUUAAUCAAGCAGAUGAUAAGUAUUGAGCAACAAAUUAAUACAGUUACUCAUGGUGCUGGUAAGCAAGCUGGAAUAGCUCCCUCUGGGAUAGAAUCUGCUACAAACAAAGGCAACAGCCGCAAGGUGCCAAAGGGUGGCAGUCCUGGGUUGGGUAGACGAACAACAGGAGCAGUUGAUUCUGCACCACCCUCUUCAGCGGCACUGCGAGCUUCAAUGUGGUUGCGUUUGCAGUUCCUCCUAAGGUUGCUUCCAAUCAUUUAUGGAGAUAGGGAGCCAUCUGGCAGGGACAUGAGACACAUGCUUGCCCCGGUCAUACUUCGUCUCCUUGGAAGUCGAGUGGUGCAUGAGGAUGCGGAUCUUUCCUUUUAUCCUGUGCAGAGAAGUUCAAACAAAAGGGAGGUGGACUCACCAAUGGAAGUAUCAAGUGCUUCCCCAUUGGAUCUUUCCGGAGAUAGCCUCUUCGACCGCUUUUUGUCUAUAUUGCAUGGGUUACUGAGCAGUUGCAAGCCAAGUUGGCUGAAGCCCAACUCUGCCUCUAAAUCGACCGUAAAAUCUCCUAGAGAUUUUUCUGUGUUUGAUCGUGAGGUGGCAGAGAGUUUACAGAAUGAUUUGGAUCACAUGCAACUGCCAGAGACUGUAUGGUGGCGCCUCCAAACUGCAAUGCCGAUGCUUCCCCCUUCCUUGCCAUGCUCCAAUUCUUGUCUGCCACCAGCAGUCUCAACUAUAUCUCUUUCUGUGCUUCAAUCCAGCAUCUCGGUUCCUAGCUUCCAACAGGGGACUUCAAAUGCACCGCCAAGGACCCCAGUUUCUCUGGCACGAGCUGCCACAAAUUUGCCAGGAAAAUCCAAGUUAUUGCCAUCACAGGACCAAGACAUGGAAGUUGACCCUUGGACCCUAUUGGAAGAUGGGAUGGGUUCAGGCCCCUCUUCUAGCAACAGUAAUGUUGGUGUUGGUGGUGACCCAGCUAAUCUGAAGGCUUGCAAUUGGCUUAAAGGGGCCGUGAGAGUAAGAAGAACCAACCUUACUUACAUUGGGGCUGUGGAUGAUGACAGCUGAUUUUUCAUUGCUAUAAUUGUUUGGCCAGGUUGGGACUUCUCCCAAAAUAGGUUAUGCCAUGUUCAUCUUUUGCAUCACUGGCAUGGAGAUUGCUUCUCCUUGCUUUGCAGGCCCUUUUGCCUCCCAUGUCGGUGAAAACUGUCAGGACAUCUUCAGAGCAAGGGAAAUUGUGAGGGGAGAUGUCUUCCUGACAAUCACUCUGGCUCUUGGUCCCAACACCUGUUAGGCUACUAACCCUUUGAUGGCCCCCUUCAUGCUGUGCCGUAGCAGGUGUGGACUGGGAGCUGUUGUAUAUAUAGAGAUUUUUUUUCCCCCAUUGAGAGGAGGGAAGGAGUAAAUAUCUCAAGAAUGAUUUGUAGAUGUUUUUGGAGGUCCUCAAUUUAUUUGAUGUUCCCUAACCCCACCCCCAA